CGAAAAUAUUGUCCAAAACAAUGGCCAACACAGCGGUCAACGAUGCCGUAGCUCUCUAUGACUUACUCAAGAAGGAGUGGCAGCAAAAGCACCCGAAUUUAGACAAAUGCGGACAACUGUUGACCCAAUUGAAGCUGGCGUUGACUGGAUUGGCGUUUUUGCCGACCACUGAAAUGGCCAACAAUAAAGAACUGAUUAUAUCGCGCGAUGUCCUCGAAAUCGGAGCCCUCUUCAGUAUAGCUAAACAAGACAUACCAUCCUUCGAGAGAUAUUUGGCUCAACUAAAGACUUAUUACUUCGACUACAACUCACAAUUACCCGAAUCAGCCUUUAAGUAUCAACUGCUUGGACUCAAUCUCUUAUGUUUGUUGUCGCAGAACAAAGUGGCCGACUUUCAUACGGAGUUGGAGUUACUUCCACCAAAAGAGAUACAAAACAAUGUCUAUAUCAGACAUCCCAUAUCAUUGGAACAGUACUUAAUGGAAGGUUCCUAUAAUAAGGUAUUUCUGUCUAAAGGCAAUGUUCCGUCACAGACGUACACCUUCUUCAUCGAUAUAUUGUUGAACACAAUCCGCGAAGAGAUCGCUGCCUGUAUUGAGAAGUCCUAUCAACGGAUUAGUUUCGAUGAAUGCGCUCGACUUCUCUUCUUUGAGAAUAAAAUUCUGUUGAAAGACUUUGCCAACAAAAAAGGCUGGAAUUCGAACGGUUCGGUCAUUCAAUUCCCGAAUGUGGCCAACACUGUCAGCCAUAACAGUAACAAAAUUCCCGCCAAAGAGUUGGCCGAACAGAUUGUCGAUUACGCAAAGGAACUCGAAAUGAUUGUCUGAUUAGUAAUAAUUUUACUCUACAUUUGUAUCUAUUAUUUAA